AUGCUGGGCCCUCACGGGUCUCCAGCUCCUGGCCUCCACAGUCCUAGGCCAUUCACAACACCGAAAUCCCGUAACCUACAUCACCUACAUCGACAACGCCGAGAUCCAGACUCCCUCACAGCGCAUCCAAUCACACAGCUCCUUCGCACUAACCUUCCAGCUUCACGCCGGCGAGCAGGACGUCAAGUUCACCCUUACCCCAACCACGACAUCCUCUCAUCCGAUGCCCAGGUCGAGUACCACAACGCCGACGGCACCGUCCGCCACACCGAACCCAUCCUCGCGCGCGACUACAAGGUCUAUAAGGGCGACUCAUGGCUCCGCGAUGCCGACGGCUGGUACCACAGCGGCUGGGCGCGCAUCAUGGUUCGCCGCGACGGCGAGUCCCCGCUAUUUGAGGGCGCAUUCACGCUCGGCCACGACGCGCACCAUAUCCAGCUCGCGGAGAGCUACCUGCAGACGCGGCAUGCGCUAGAUCCAGAGGUUGAGGUGGGGGAGGGGCGCGAUGUGGCGGAGCGCAUGGUGGUGUUUAGGGACUCGGAUGUGCAGAGUGGGUUUCAGUUCCAGGGCUUGGCGGGCCGUGAUGUGGAGGGGAUUGUGGGCCGGGGGUAUGGCGUGGGGGACGGGGAGCUGGAUGUAAUGUGUCCGUCGGAUCGCUUGGGGUUUAAUGUGCAGCCGGGAAAUCCGAUUAAUAAGAUGAUACUUGACCCGAUACCAAAGGCCGGAUGGGGCGGAUUUGGGCUGGAGAGCAUGUUUAGGGGCGGGCUGACGAAGCGGCAGAGCGUGGAUGGCGGGGAUGGAUAUUAUGGUGGAUCAGGGAAUUCUGCGGGGGUCAAUCUGAGGACCACUAUUGGAAGCACGGAUGGGUGUCCUACGACUCGGCAAGUGGCGCUGAUCGGCGUCGCCACCGAUUGUACGUAUACAGCAGAGUUUUCGACCACAGAGUUGGCUAGGGCCAAUAUCAUUUCGCAAAUCAACUCGGCUUCGGAUUUGUUUGAGAGGACGUUCAACAUUACGCUCGGUCUCUCUACGCUCGUCAUUACGGACGCAAACUGCCCGGGCACUGCGCCAUCGACGGCAGAAUGGAAUGUUCCCUGCUCCAGCAACGUGACAAUCGAGGACCGACUGAACCUUUUCUCGGCCUGGCGCGGAACCCGCUCCGACUCGAAUGCGCUGUGGACGCUUCUGACCACUUGCGAGACUGGGGCGUCUGUGGGUUUGGCUUGGCUUGGGCAGCUGUGUGUUAUGGAUGCGCAGACGCAGGACACAUCAACCGUUAGUGGGGCCAAUGUUAUUGCAAGAACGUCGACCGAGUGGAAGGUUAUUGCCCAUGAGAUUGGACAUACUAUGGGUGCGGUGCACGAUUGUACGAGUACCACAUGCGCAGCAAGUAGUACGGUAUCGGCGUCGCAGUGCUGCCCGUUGAGUGCCACCACCUGCGAUGCUGAUGGGAGAUAUCUGAUGAAUCCAUCAACGAGUGACCAGAUUGAGCAGUUUAGUCCUUGCUCGGUGGGUAAUAUAUGUUCGGCCUUCAAACGCCGUAGUGUCAACACGACCUGUCUGACGUCCAACAAAGACGUUCAGAUCAUUACUGAGAACGAGUGCGGUAAUGGGAUUGUCGAGGCUGGCGAGGACUGCGAUUGUGGUGGUACUGACGGCUGCGGGAAUAAUUCCUGCUGUAACCCUACUACCUGCAAGUUUGUCGAUACUGCUGUGUGCGAUGACGCCAACGAAGACUGCUGCCGUGGAUGCCAAUUUGCCUCAGCGAGCACCGUCUGCCGCGCUAGUAACGGCCCUUGCGACCCCGCCGAGACAUGCUCCGGAAACUCUUCCACCUGCCCCACCGACGUUAUCGCCAAUGACGGCACGGACUGUGGCACCAACCUCAGAUGCGCCAGCGGUCAAUGCACCUCUCGCGAUCAGCAGUGCCAGACAAUCAUGGGCCAGUACUCCAACGCCAACGACACCUCAUCCUGCGACAACACCAACUGCCAGCUUACCUGCUCCUCGCCCGAAUUCGGCGCCAACACCUGCUUCGGCAUGCAGCAGAAUUUCCUCGACGGCACGCCGUGCGCCGGCGACGGCACAUGCAAGAACGGAGUAUGCACAGGGGCCAGCGCACUCGGCGAGGUGCGCAGCUGGAUCAAUAGGAACAGGAACGUGGUUAUCGGUGUUGGGAGCGCCAUCGGCGCCGUCAUCCUCUUUUCGCUGCUCAGCUGCUGCUGGUCGAGGUGUAGGAGGAGGCCGCAGAAGAAGAUACCGGCGCAGGGAGGGUUCGUGCCUGCGCAUGAUCCGAGGUGGAGGCAGCCGCAGCCACAGCUGUACCCGAUGCCGCCACCGCCAGUGGGUCGCAGACCAAGUAAUAAUAGGAGCCGCAGCAGCAAUAGGAGCGGCGCUAGUAAUAGAGGGUAUCCUGGCGGGCAGCCGGGGCAGCAGGGACAGGGCGUCCCGCCGGUGCCGCCGCCGAGUUAUAAUCAGGGGCAGAGUGUGAGGUAUGCAUAG